GCCCUGUGCACUGCCAUGGACAACUCCGGGUACAGCAAGUGGAUCGGUGGGCCUGAAGAGGUCCCCAGAGGUUACUGGGGACGCUGGGAGUGCUGGCGGCUGAGGUCCCUCUUGGUGGCACUGGCUCUAGUGGUCGCCGGAGUCCUGUGGGCCCUUGUUCUGAGCAUCCUAUUGUCCAAAGCCUCCACGGAGCGCGAAGUGCUACUCGGCCACCAGGACCUGCUGAGGAGGAACGCCUCGAAGCAGGGGGUGGCGCUGGGCGUCCUGGAGAAGGAGGUCGCAGUCUGCAGGACCUGUUGCUCUGAGGCGCAGGCGCAGCUGCGGACCACGCGGGACGAGCUUCAGGAGGCUCAGAAGAAGCUAAUGGAGCAGGGGAGCGCCCUCAAUGAGCUGCGCGAGCGCGGUGAGGGCGGGCGCCACUGGAACCUGGGGGAGCCCAAUGACUCGCGGGGGCGCGAAGACUGCAUCAUGAUGCUCAACACGGGGCUGUGGAACGACGCACCCUGCGACAGUGAGAGGGACAACUGGAUCUGCGAGAAGAGGCGCAGUUGCUGA